AUGAGGCUUCAGGUUGAUGACAAAUAUCGAGAAUUCCAAGUUGCCCUUUGCAGGACACCGUCUACUACAUCCGAAGUGAAAGGCGAUGGCGGUGAAGGAUCGAUUAUAAAAAGGCCGUUUCAAAACAUUCAGCGAGCGAGCUAUACGGCGAGUGAAAACGUUUGUGAGUCGGCCAAUCAAGGAAAAAAGAGCAUCGAACGGAAGGACACCGAUUCCGAUAUUGUUCAGAGCGUCGCUCAGGCACCCAUGGUUUGCUCUGGAGGCGAUUUGCCAAGCGGAUGUAAACUUGUACUUGGGAAUAAGAAUAAUAAUGGCAAGAUGUUCAUUGAUGAUGGUCAGCCGUUCUGGACAGAACAACGAAAACCGACGGAUGCCGAUCUG